ACACGGAGUCAGAUCUCUGCUGAAACGUUUGCAGGAUUUUACUCAGAAAGUUCAAGAGACACUAAUUUGGUGAGUUAAAAAAAAUUUUAAACAUCAAAUGGCUGAGAAACUCGGACUUUUUGAAGAUUACCUGAACUGCCAUGUGUGUUCAGAGACUUUCAAAGAUCCUGUGUCUCUGAUCUGCAACCACAGCUUCUGUUCAAGCUGCCUGCAGAAAUUCUGGGAACAAACUAAAAACACAAACUGUCCCAUUUGUAAAAGAAAAUCUUCAAAGGAUCAUCUUCAUGUAAACUUUGCACUAAAAAAACUUGCUGAUUCAUUUGCUGGGAGACAGAAAUAUGGAUCAUCUGAGACAGAAAGAGGGGAGAAGAAAUUAACAGUGGUGUGCAGCAAACAUGAGGAAGUGCCAAAACUGUUCUGUGUGGACGAGCAGAGAGCUGUGUGUCCUGUGUGUGACUUUUCUCUCCACCAGAGUCACAAAGUGGUUCCUGUAGAAGAAGCAGUCAGUGACCUGAAGGAGCAGCUGAAAUCUGACUUAAAGUCUCUGCAGGACAAGAGGAACAAAUAUAAACAAUUGGAGAAAACAUACAAUGAAGUGAUUCAACACUCCAAGAAACAGCUGUUGUCCACAGAGAGGAAGAUCAGAGCAGAGUUCAACAAGCUCCAGCAGUUCCUGAAAGAGGAAGAGGAGUCCAGACUGGCAGCUCUGAGGGAGGAAGAGGAGCAGAAGGGGAGGACUAUCAGCAGAGAGAUGAAGAUGAUUGAGGAGCAGAUCUCCUCUCUGUCAGACAGCAUCUCUGCUGUUGAAGAAGAGCUGCAGAAACACAGCGUGCCAUUCCUCAGCAGUUAUAAAGACACUCAGAGCAGAGCCAGAGCCCAGAGCUCAGUGUCAGAUCCACAGCUGGUCUCAGGAGCACUGAUAGAUGUGGCCAAACACCUGGGCAACCUGUCCUUCAGAGUGUGGGAGAAGAUAAAGGAGAAGGUCCACUUCAGUCCUGUCAUUCUGGACCCAAACACUGCAAACAUCUAUCUCUAUCUGUCUGAUGAUCUGACCAGUGUGAGACAAGGAGACACAAAGCAGCAGCUUCCUGAUAAUCCAGAGAGAUACACUAACUAUUUCAAUGUUCUGGGCUCUGACGGCUUCAGCUCAGGGAAACACAGCUGGGACGUGGAGGUGGGAGAUCAUCCUCACUGGCUUGUGGGUUUAGUUAAAGAGUCAGCUAACAGGAAGGAAUCGAGUUUGUCUUCACCAGAAUGUGGAAUCUGGUGUUUAGCACAUAAAAAUGGAAGAUACUACCAUGGUGAUGGUCAGACUGUGACAGUGAAGAAGAGUCUCCAGAGGAUCAGAGUCCAGCUGGACUAUGACAGAGGGGAGGUGUCCUUCUAUGACCCUGAAGACAUGACUCACAUCUACACUUACACGGACACUUUCACUGAGAAACUCUUCCCAUUUUUUUAUAUUGGAGAGGCGGGAGAUGCCAAAACCUCUGAUAUGAAAAUCUGUCAGACUGAGAUUUGACUGUAAAGUGAUUCUUUAUUUUAACUGUUUUUUGUUUGAAGCAGGAGGCUUCAUUUUAGGAAAUUAUUAAUCAAACUGUCUAACUUCAUUAUCAAGUUGUAUUUUAUUUUGUUGAACUAAUUGAAAUAUUAGCAAUUGAAUGAAACCAAAUCAACUGUCAUGGUCCUCAGUCUGCCGACUCAGUGUUUUGUGUUUCUUUAUGCUUUUGUUUAUUCUGAUUAUGUAUUCCGUUAUGAUUUGCCAUUUGUUAGGUUUCUGUUCUGUGCCUGCCCUGGUCCCACUUCUGUGUUCCCUCUGUCUGUCUAUGCCGGUGUCACACUGUCUGCUUGUGAAACUGUCUGUUUAGUUCAGUGUCUUGUCUGGUUCUGUGUCUGAGUUUCCUGUUUUAUUCUGAAGGUCUCUGUCUCAUGUGAGUGUGUUCACUUUACGUUUCACCCUGUCCCGUCAGCUCUGAUUUCUCCCAGGUGUUUUGCCCUCCUGUCUCUCAUCCCCUGAUUACUGCUUUGUGUAUUUAAGCCAAAGGCGUCGAUUUGGCGUGGACGGCACCAAUAUCCAGUGAUUAUUGAAUUGUCCCCACCAAUAAUUUGAUCUC